AUGGAUCAGAAUCGGAGAACAACAGUCUGGAAUGUUACAAGAAUGGAUAGGGAUUUAUCCUGGGAUGUUUGGACUCUUUCUACAGAUUAUGAUUGGAUGUCUUUAUCACGGAGGAUUCUAUAUGCACUUUUGAUUAUGCAAUAUUUUUAUUACCCUAUCUUGGCUUUCAUUGGUAUCCCUGUUAACGUAGUGACGAUCUACAUCCUGCUUUAUAAAAAUUGUGGAUUGUCUCCAUGUGUCAGACGUUACCUGGGGGCCAUGGCAGUGGUGGAUCUACUGGUCAUUAUCCUCGACCUGAUAUUGAGACACAUUCCCAUUGUUUAUGAGGAACAGUUUGUUUUCCUGAAGUCCAUCGGUGUGUGUAAUAUCCAUGCCGUCCUGCUUUAUGCAGCCACUGACUGUUCUGUCUGGUUCACCGUCACUUUCACCUUUGAUCGAUUUGUGGCCAUUUGUUGGCAGAAGCUUAAAAGUAAAUAUUGCAGUGAGAAAACGGCAGCUGUGGUUCUGGGAACAGUGACUGUGCUGAGCUGUCUAAAGAAUAUUUUCUGGUAUUUCAUGUUCUCGGGUCGGUAUCGGCUGUUGAACGAGCCCUGGUUUUGUAAUGUAACAGACGGUGUUUAUUUCUCUCGUGUCUGGGCCACAAUCGAGUUCCUCCACUACAUUCUAACCCCGGCUCUCCCAUUUCUCCUGAUUCUGCUGCUCAAUAUUUUCACCGUCAGACACAUUUUAGUGACCAGCAGAGCCCGCAGGAGACUCCGGGCUCACACCAAUGGGGACCUUCAGUGUGACACUGAAUUGCAAAAUCGAAAAAAAUCCAUCAUAUUAUUGUUUGUGAUCUCGGCUAAUUUCAUCCUCUUAUGGUCAAUAUUAAUGGUGUUUUCUACAUGGAACCGGAUGUAUUAUUUUGGGUAUCAGUCUGUUUAUCUACAUUGGUUCGUGCUAGAAUUGGGCUUCAUGCUGCAGCUCCUCAGUUGCUUCACAAACACUGUGAUUUAUGCCGUGACCCAGACAAAGUUCAGAAAGCAGCUGAAGAAUGUGCUGAAAUAUGCCUUUAUUCAAAUUAAUCAACCAAUCAAAUUCACUAAUUAA